AUCAGUUAGUUCUCUCUCCGGAGUCGCAACAGCAUCACCGUGUCUUGAGCCUGAGCGUUCAGUCUGCGGUCGUGCGCGAAAGCGAGAGCACUUCUCUUCCAACAAUAGACACUUCUUAUCGAAGGUGCAUCAAGCACGUGCGAUUACUAAUUACGGUCUCCAUCUCUGACCUUAAGAAAAACUCCCUCGGUUAAUUAUUAAGUGGUUCAGCGACCUUGCCAUUGACCCUCCACAGUGAUUAUGUCAGUUUUUCGCGAGUGAGAUGUUCUUUAUGGUCGGACAAGACAUGACGAAUGUUAACAGAAUCAGGGUUGUGGUUUUAGGGAGUCCCCGGGUCGGUAAAUCAGCUGUCACCGUUCGCUACCUAACCAAGCGUUAUAUUGGAGAAUACAGUUCUACCAGUGAUUUUCUGUACCGCCACAACGUGACUUUCGACAACGUGACAACGGAAGUCGAGAUCCUCGACACAUCAAAGUGUGCGAAGAAUGGCUGUUUGUACGAACAUAUUCGAUGGGGUGAGGCCUUCGUUAUAGUCUAUUCGGUCAGUGAUCGGCACAGUUUUCAUGAAGCUCAGGAAAUUUUGAGUCAGUUGGCCAAGUUGAAACUGCCCUCGUAUUACACCAGUCUGUUGUUGGGCAACAAGAGGGAUUUGGACCAUUCGAGGCAAAUAUGUGUGGACGAUGGGCAGGAGCUCUCCCUCCAAUACGGCUGCCAGUUUUAUGAAGUCAGUGCCGCCGAAAACUUCGCCGGAGUUUCCCUCGCAUUCCAGUCGCUCCUUCGGGAGGCGAGAUCAGUCCAGCUCCUCAAAGCGCUCCCAAUCAGGCGAAAACUAGGCGUGAACAGCGUCUCCAAAGUCUUAGGCAACAUAUUUGGGAAAAAUUCGAAAGGCGACCGCAAGAAAAGACCAUCACUUAGUAUAUAAUUUAUUAGUAAUUUAAAAGCACAAAAUUCAAAGUUCCUUAUUUAUUAAAUAAUUGCUUUCGUUGCCUUAUUCUAAAAGAAGUAAAAUGAGAUGUAAGGAAAAGACUGAUUUAGGACUAAAUGAUUGGACAGAAUGGAAGAUUGUAAAUAGUGUAGGAUUUUUAAGUGUAACUAAAAGUUAUACAGUAUCAUAGACGUAAAACUAAAAGUUGUAUUUUUGCAAUGAUCUCAUUUAAAUCUGAGCUUUCGAGUUACGAAUCGCAUGUAAUGCUAACGACCUGUUGUAAAUGUAUAUAUUUAUAUUUUAUAUUUUUAUACUGUAAUUGGAAAGUGUAGUUGGAAAAUAAAUAUCAGCCAACAAACGCAA